AAAUUCUUUAUUCUAUGCAGAAUUGUAAAAACGAUCAUUUUUCGGUGAACUGAUUAGUCAGCGCUGAGAAAAGUAACAUGUACCACGUGACUACGCCGCCCAUCCUUAGCACCGAUCUAUGCAAUAUUUGGCACAUGAUAAAUGACACUAAGUGAAUGUAGUGUCUGUUGAAUUGAAAAUACAUAGAAAAAGUUAAAACAGUAAAAUAAUAAUUUAGCGCAUCAUACCUGACCAAUCAGAGACCAGAUUCGGGCCACUACGCCCCGCCCCUCACAGACUCCUACUUUCCAUUCUUCUCACUCGUUCUGUUUCUGACUGAAGCCGCAGCGGAGCAGAUGGCUGCGAACCUCACCAAACCAUCCGGACAGACGGGCAAGAUGAAGAAGGAUGAGUCGCUGCUGGGAAAACUGGGAGGAACGCUAGUUCGCAAAAAGAAGAUUAAAGAAGUGAGUGACCUUCAGGAAGAGGGUAAGAAUGCCAUCAACGCCCCACUGCUGCACGCCGGCCCAGAGCUGCUCCCUGAGGACACGCUGCUUGAGGAAAAUGCAGAGAGGACCAUUCUAGACCCCACUUCCAGAGAAGACCUCAAUUUUAAAGACCUCCAGAAGGUUCUCAUUGACUGGAUCAACAGUGAACUGGAGGAGGACCGAAUCAUCGUGAAAGACCUUGAGGAAGAUCUGUAUGAUGGACAGGUGCUGCAGAAACUGUUCGAGAAGCUGUCGGGUCAUAAGCUGAAUGUGGCAGAGGUGACGCAGUCAGAGAUCGGACAGAAGCAGAAACUGCAGACGGUUCUAGAGGCUGUUAAUGGAGUUCUCAGACCGCUGGACUGGAACACGGAGUGGAGUGUCGACUCAAUCCAUUCUAAGAACCUGGUGUCCAUCGUGUACCUGCUGCUGGCGCUGGCCAUCUACUACGCGGCACCCAUCCGCUUACCUGAGCAUGUGUCCGUCAAGGUGAUCGUGGUCAAGAAAAAGGAGGGAAUCCUGCAGACUGCUCAUGUGACCAAACAACUCACAAGUACCACAACAGAAAUGAUGAUUGGAAGAUCAGAACGUGAUGCUUUUGACACCUUACUGGAUCAUGCACCUGGCAAACUGAAUGUAGUGAAAACAUCGCUGAUUACAUUUGUGAAUACACACUUGAACAAACUGAACCUGGAGGUGACGGAGCUGGAAUCACAGUUUGCAGAUGGUGUCUAUCUGGUGUUACUGAUGGGAUUGUUAGAAAAUUACUUUGUGCCGCUGUACAACUUCUACCUCACGCCUGAAAGCUUCGAACAGAAGGUGCAUAAUGUCUCAUUUGCUUUCGAGCUCAUGCAAGAUGGUGGAUUACAGAAACCCAAAGCGAGACCAGAAGACGUGGUGAACUUGAAUCUGAAGUCAACACUCAGGGUGCUUUACAACCUUUUCACCAACUACAAGAACUCAGAGUAGCACUGAAAGCGAUCCGAGGAAAGUCGCUACAUGCCUCACUCUGCGCUCACACAUGCACACACAUCCCUGGUGUUACUUCUGUAUGCAAGAAUGAAAUAUUUUGUAUUAUUUGGCUUAUUUAUGCCCAGAAUCGAAUGUAUUCAGCCUUAAAGAUGCGUCAGUGUAGCAGCUCAUUCAAAUAUUUUAUUUUUCUCGCAUUUGACUUACGCAAAUGAGGCCUGGCAUUGCUUUAAGCACUACACCGGAAUGACUUUUUGUGCUGGAAUGCACUGAGUAUUUUAUUCUAAUAGAAAUACUGUAAUUAUUUCAAAUA